AUGACUUUGUUUUAUACUCAACCUAUUCGUUCUUGUACAGAAAACUUUAAUAAUAUCCCUCCGCGAUCUUCUUCUGUCUCACCUGAAAAGUCUUCAAGCAAGGAGACAAUUCCUCGUAUGUGUACCACUUCUCCGCCAUCUCCAUCCUCAUCUUUUAACGACAAAUCUUGCGAUCUACCCAUCGUUGCUCCUUGUCCAAAAAAGGCGUUGUAUGCUUACGCUGGACACUUGUUGAACAAUGGGUUUCCUUCAGUUAUGCCAACGUCACAAAACCCAUGGGGGUUGUCUGCUGUGCAAGAGGUCAUUGAGGAUGAUCCUAUGUUUGAUCCUGUUGAUCUUUUAGAAACGAUGUCUGAUGAAGCACUUGCUUGUGCAGAGCUAAUGGAGAUUAUGGGUAAUUCUAGUCGUGGUUCUAGUCGACCAGUUUCUCAAUCUGGUUCUCCAGAUCGUGUUCAUCAUGAUCGUUCAUUGUCUCCACCAUUAAAUCAAGAUGAGGAAGAAGAAAAUACUAAAGAUGUAAAUAAUACUAUUUAUUCUCCUUAUACUCGAGCAAUUGAGAUUGAACAGAUUCGACAGAAACCGGCACCACGUCCUAUACGCUUGGCCGUUGAUAACUCGCAUUUAUUAUUCGGUUCUUCCCCAAUUACUCGUGCUCAUAAUCCUUUACCUAUGGAUUCUUGCUUUUCUCCAAGCAAACGUCAUCAUCAUCAAUCUCAACCGUAUCCUUCGCGACCAACUCUUCAUCAAGCUACCAAUAUUCAGCGUAAAUUAUGUGAUGCCGUUGCCGAUAUGCAUGUUAGUGGAGGGUCCUUGGAUGAUUCUUCUCAACCUCCUCCUUUUUCCAAAGCUUCUAAGGCUACGAUUUUGUUGCGUAUCUCUGAAGGGGGUCGACGCAGAUCAUUAUCUGUCGGGAGCGCCGGUUUUAAACCUAGUAACAAAAUUAUUGGUCGUGUCUAG